AUGUCAUUCGAUGACUACGCUCAGAUCCUUGCUCGCCCUCGCAGGCAAAAUGUAAAUUCUUCAGUGGGCUCAGUCUCUUCCAUCCAGUUGCAAAGCGACGGUGCUCCAGACGCAUCUGACACCGACAAUGACCUGCUGGCUGUGGACUCUCGCAUGGAUGAAGAUCAUGACAUGGACGGCGUUAGUGACGACGAUGUCCAUGACGAUAAUGGUCACGAAGACCAUGAAUACGGCCAGUCUAACGAAGACCAUGAUGGGGAUGUUGAGGACUCCGCUGAUGGUUGUGACCACGAAGACGAUGUAGAAGGUGAUAGUCACAAUGACAACGACGCCAAGGACACCGAUGAGGGAUCUGAGCAUGACGAGAAUAACGAAGACCUCGAAUCAAGGAGACUUCGGCCCCGAAAGUUCAAGGCCCACUACAAUUUCAAUGAUGGUUCUCGGACCUCUUCAUCGGAUAGUAGCUAUACUUCUUCCCAGGCAAAUCGUGAAGACCCCGCCACAUCUAAUCAAGCUUAUGCCCACGAGUCAGAUGCAGAUGAAGACCUGGAGCACGAUCACAACAACGAUCACCACAGUCUAUCGUCGCCGCCUCCUAAGCGCAGGAAGACGUCUUCGCUAGUCAAAAAUACCUCGGCCAACACUUCUCAGAACGCAAUUCGCUCGACAACCAUUCGCACCAAGCAUGCUCAUACGUCACGUUCAAGUGACAACCCCACUCCAGCUAGUAUAGUUUUUGGCCCUACAUCAGACAACAGCGCCAGUGAGAAUGAAGAAGAACUCCCAGGCCAUUUAAAGCGAGGCCAGCUAUGUCAGGAGGGCAUCGAUGAGGCUCAGGAGCUUGGACAGCAAACAGCUGAAGAAGCUCGGGUCAUUGGUGUCAAAUACGGCAAGUCCAUGCGCAGUAUUCUCAUUGAGGCUGGCCUGUCCAUCAAGCAUUCACGAUCAGAGUCUGAUUGGAACACCCACCAAUGCUGGUUCAUGGAUAAUCACUCUCACGAGGACAAAGAAUCCAUCGUUGACUGGAAAGAACACCAAUGCAAACAUUAUCAUGCAAUGGCCAAGGAGAGUGAACAGUGGGACACAAUUCGCAACUAUAGUAUUACUGGCGGCAAUACCAAACAAUCACGUGCCAAGACCAUCUUGUCAAUGAGGGAGGAUAUCGCAAGAAAGUUGUCUGCAUAUUCUUGUCUCGAAGGAGUAGAAGCUAUCGGCUGUAUAUUCGAUACAACACAAGACGAGGCUGCUCGACAGGCUUCCGGCUUUGUUGCAGGCUCCGACUUCAUAGUCAAGUUGAUCAAUGAGCAUCAACUGGACACUCGCGCAAUAUUAGAUUGGGUUGUAACCGCAACGAAAGCAAAAGGCUACAAUAUAUCCGUACCGCAGUUUAUGGGGGGAGUAGGGGCCUAUGAGAUUCUACUUUCAAAGCCAAACAAGGCUCCCCGUGACCAUUACAGAAGGAUAUGGCCAAUUAUGGUACUUGAGAACACUU